GUGACAGAAAGUGUGGAAAUUAUGUGAAAAGUGUUGGAAUCGCGUGUGAAAUUUUUGUGAUUUUUGCAAAAACCACCCAAAAAUAUGGAAAAUGAAAAUGAUCCGGAUUUUCCAUCCGGAAGACCUCGUCAAAGGCGCAAAAAACUAUCUGAAGUUCAGAAGCAUCGGAUGCUUAAAUUCAUGGAAGAACAUCCCCGGCUCUCAACCGGGGGCUAUGACUAUAGCUUUACCGUGGAUGUAGGACGGCGUCUGUGGCAGGAACUCGCUGAUAUCCUCAAUGCUCUCGAUGGACCUAAAAAAUCUUGGGAAAUAUGGAGAAGGUGCUAUCGAGAUAUAGUUAUUAUGCAGAAGAAGGCAGGUAAACUUGGGAAUCACAGUCGAUCUCAGGCAUUCCUGAACAUUGAUAGCUCAUCCAAAAAUGCAUCAUCCGAAGAAUCGGUUUCUGAUGGAGACCGAAGUAUUGAAAAUCCUUUAGAUACGGAUGAUACUUUUAGUGAUCGGAAAAAGACCGGAAAAACCUCGGUCAGGAAGAUUUCUCAAAAUCCUGUGCGAACAUCAAGGAUCCCACAGCCUAGCUCUUCAGCAGGUACCAGCAGAGAUACUUCGACAACUGUUGAGCCUAAAAAGUUGGAUGUUCAGAACGGAACUGAAACAGAAGUUGUUCUGGUUCCUGAUAAUCGUGAUAGCGUACAACAGGACUACUACAGGAAGAAGUUGUUUUUGAUGGAACGUCAGACUCUUGCUUUCGAAGCAAUGGCCGAAUCCAUGCAAAUGCAAGCUGAAGCUUUCUAUGAUCUUUCUGACUCUGUGAACACUUUGAAUUCCAUUAUGAAGGAUUUGAAUAUCCAAUAAAGCGAGAAAACUAUUUUAAAUGAUUAUGAAAUACAACUUUUUUGAAAUAAAAA